AUGGACGUGUUCAAUCGAUGCUCGCCGGCGAGUUCGUCCUCCUCCGAUUCAUCGGAGAACAGAUCCGCGGGAAAUGGGGAGGCUCUGGAGCGGAUCAAGGGCCCGUGGAGCGCCGAGGAGGACCGGAUCUUGACCCGACUCGUGGAGCGGCACGGGGCCCGCAACUGGUCCCUCAUAAGCCGGUACAUAAAGGGCCGGUCGGGGAAGUCCUGCCGCCUCCGGUGGUGCAACCAGCUCAGCCCGGCCGUCGAGCGCCGCCCCUUCUCCGCGGCGGAGGACGAGACCAUCCUGGCGGCGCACCAGAUGUACGGCAACCGCUGGGCCACCAUCGCGCGCCUGCUGCCGGGCCGGACCGACAACGCCGUCAAGAACCACUGGAACUCGACCCUCAAGAGGCGGCAGUGUCCGGCGGCGCAGCGGCGGGACGAGCCGGCGACGGCGCUGUCGCUGGCCCCGCCGGGGACGGCGGCGGAGGCGGGGGGCGUGGCGCCGGGGUUGUGGGGCGCGAUGAGGGAUGUGAUAGCGAGGGAGGUGAGGGAGUACGUGACGUCAUCGUCGUCGUUACCGGAGACUUCGCUGGGGUUUCGUUUGUGA